CGGAGGCGGUGCCGAGCGGGGCGGGGCCUCCUGGGGAGCCGCUGGGCCGGCGGCGGCGCGGUGCGGCGCCUCGGCCAUGACUGCAGAGCUGCAGCAGGACGACGCGGCCGCAGCCGCCGACCGCCGCGGCUCGGGCUGCCAAAUGCUGUUAAAUCAACUGAGAGAAAUCACAGGAGUUCAGGACCCUUCUUUUCUCCACGAAGCUCUGAAGGCCAGCAAUGGCGACAUCACCCAGGCAGUCAGCCUCCUCACUGAGGGGACAGUUAGGGAGCCUGGUCAGGACACUGUUGCUGCAGAACCAUCUGAAGCAGAGGGAAGUGCUGCCAGCAAAGAAAUAAUAGCAAAAGUGAUAGACCUUACUUGUGAUAACAAAGAUGAUCUUCAGGCUGCCAUUGCUUUGAGUCUACUGGAGUCCCCCAAAAUUCAAGCCGACGGAAAAGAUCUUAACAGGAUACAUGAAGCAACCUCUGCAGAAACUAAGCGCUCAAAGAGAAAACGCUGUGAGGCCUGGGGAGAAAAUCCCAACCCUAACGACUGGAGGAGAGUUGAUGGUUGGCCAGUUGGGCUGAAAAAUGUUGGCAAUACGUGUUGGUUUAGCGCUGUUAUUCAGUCUCUCUUUCAGUUGUCUGAAUUUCGAAGACUUGUUCUCAGCUACAGCCUGCCACAGGAUGUGCUGGAAAAUUGCCCGGGCCACACAGAAAAGAGGAAUCUUGUGUUUAUGCAGGAGCUUCAGUAUUUGUUUGCUCUGAUGAUGGGAUCAAACCGCAAAUCUGUAGACCCUUCGGCAGCCUUGAAUCUCCUCAAGGGCGCGUUCAGGUCUCCCGAGGAACAGCAGCAAGAUGUGAGUGAAUUCACACACAAGCUCCUGGACUGGCUAGAGGACGCAUUCCAGCUGGCUGUCAGUGCCGACAGCAAUCCCAGGAACAAAUCGGAAAAUCCAAUGGUGCAGCUCUUCUAUGGCACUUUCCUCACUGAAGGGAUUCGUGAAGGAAAGCCCUUCUGCAACACCGAGACCUUCGGCCAGUACCCCCUUCAGGUAAACGGUCAUAGCAACUUGGACGAAUGUCUGGAAGGGGCCAUGGUAGAGGGUGACAUGGAGCUGCCUCCUCCCGAUGAUUCAGUGAAGUACGAACAAGAGCGUUGGUUUACAAAGCUACCUCCGGUGUUGACCUUUGAACUUUCAAGAUUUGAGUUUAAUCAAUCCCUUGGUCAGCCAGAGAAAAUUCACAAUAAGCUGGAAUUUCCUCAGAUCAUUUAUAUGGACAGGUACAUGUACAGAAGCAAAGAGCUCAUCCGAAGUAAGAGAGAGUGCAUUCGAAAGUCGAAGGAAGAAAUAAAAGUUCUGCAGCAAAAAUUGGAAAGGUAUGUGCAGUACGGCUCAGGCCCAGCUCGGUUCCCACUCCCAGACAUGCUGAAAUACGUCAUUGAAUUUGCUAGCACAAAACCUGCCUCAGAAAGUGCCGCACCUCGAAGUCAUGCACGCAUGCCGUUACCACUUUCUUCAGUGUACUGCCCGGGCUCUGACCUGACAGCCAAGGAAAGUCCAAGUGAAGAAGGCUCUUCUCAGGGUGCUGGAAGCACCUGCUCUUCCUCUGAAGGUUCUCUGCACAAGCCCAGGACAGGGGUUCAGUCGCCCGCACCCUCCCGGGCUCCCAUGGAAGUGCCUGCACACCCCGCCCCGCGGACUGUCACGGAGGAGGAGAUGCAUUUUGUGAGGACCUGUCUUCAGAGAUGGAGGAGUGAGAUUGAGCAAGAUAUACAAGAUUUAAAGAAUUGCAUUGCAAGCACUACCCAGACUAUUGAACAGAUGUACUGUGACCCUCUCCUUUGCCAGGUGCCUUAUCGCUUGCAUGCUGUUCUUGUUCACGAAGGACAAGCAAACGCUGGACACUACUGGGCCUAUGUCUAUGACCAACCCCGACAAGUCUGGCUCAAGUACAAUGACACCUCUGUCACUGAAUCUUCCUGGGAAGAACUUGAAAGAGAUUCCUACGGGGGCCUGAGGAAUGUCAGCGCUUACUGUCUGAUGUACACUGACGACAGUCUGCCCCAUUUCAGUGCAGAGGCAGCCUUGGGUGAACUGGACCAGAUGUCGGGAGAGGUGAAGGCCUUACCUGCUGAACUCAAGCAUUACGUUCAGGAGGAUAACUGGAAGUUCGAGCGGGAAGUAGAGGAGUGGGAAGGGGAGCAGUCGUGCAAAGUCCCUCAGAUGGACUCCUCCCCCAGCUCGGCGUCUCAGGAUCUCUCUGCUGCCCCAGCAUCCCCGGCGGCCCCUCCUCCUGGGGCUCGCUGCCUGUCGUCAGAGCACGCUGCGAUCGCCAAGGAGCAGACUGCCCAGGCCAUUGCCAACACAGCCCGUGCCUAUGAGAGGAGUGGGGUGGAGGCAGCCCUAGGGGAGGAAGCUGAGCCCGAAGAGCCCCUGCCCCCGGAGACAAACCUUGCAGAGCAGUCAGAGCAGCCCCCAGAGGCUAAUGAUGCCGAGUCCGCUGCCCGGCCUAAUGCUGAGGUCUCUGAAGUGGAGGUUCCCAGUGUGGGAAGGCUUCUGGUUAGAUCCGAUGCAGAUGCCUAUGAGGAGGAGGUGAUGCUGAGCCCUGCCAUGCAAGGGGUCAUCCUGGCCAUAGCUAAAGCCCGCCAGACCUUCGACCGCGAUGGGUCUGAAGCAGGGCUUAUUAAGGCAUUCCAUGAGGAGUACUCCAGGCUCUACCAGCUUGCCAGGGAGGACCCCCCCUCCCACAGCGACCCCAGGCUUCAGCAUGUGCUUGUCUACUUUUUCCAAAAUGAAGCGCCUAAAAGGGUAGUGGAACGGACCCUUCUGGAACAGUUUGCAGAUAGAAACCUGAGCUAUGAUGAAAGGUCCAUCAGCAUCAUGAAGGUAGCUCAGGCUAAGCUGAAGGAGAUCGGCCCAGAUGACAUGAAUAUGGACGAGUACAAGAAGUGGCAUGAAGAUUACAGCUUGUUUCGAAAGGUGUCUGUGUAUCUCCUAACAGGCCUGGAGCUCUAUCAAAAAGGAAAGUAUCAAGAGGCUCUUUCCUACCUGGUGUAUGCCUACCAGAGCAAUACCACGCUGCUGAUUAAGGGGCCCCUCCGGGGCGUGAAGGAGUCUGUGAUCGCCUUGUACCGAAGAAAAUGCCUGCUGGAGCUGAAUGCCAGAGCAGCCUCUCUCUUUGAAACCAAUGAUGACCCCUCUGUAACAGAGGGCAUUAAUGUGAUGAAUGAGUUGAUCAUUCCCUGCAUUCACCUUAUCAUUAAUGAUGAUAUCUCCAAGGAUGACCUAGCUGCCAUUGAGGUCAUGAGAAACCACUGGUGCUCUUACCUUGGGCAAGAUAUUGCAGAAAAUCUGCAGCUGUGCUUAGGGGAAUUUCUACCCAGGCUCCUUGAUCCUUCCACAGAAAUCAUUGUCUUGAAGGAGCCUCCGACUAUUCGACCCAAUUCUCCCUACGACCUUUGUAGCCGAUUUGCGGCUGUCAUGGAGUCAAUUCAGGGGGUUUCCACUGUGACAGUGAAGUAAGCCCCACACGUCUAAGGCUCACCUGAUCUCUGCCUGCCUCCUCUUGCACAGAAGUGUGUUGUCACCAUAUUUACCUUGGGAAAAGGAUUAGGCGGACAAGCAAGAAUCAGAUCCAGCCCGCAGCCAUGCUGUGUGUGUAAAGAAGGGUUGAAAAUAAAACUGUACUUUUUAGGUACAGAAUCGUAGAAGCAGUUUCACUAAAAAUGGCAGGAACCAGUGUAUUUAAGUACCAAAUGAUGCCAGGAGAUAAGAAGUGCCUCUUGUACCUACAGAAAUGCUUGGGCUUUCAUAAGCCUCCUGCCACUUUAAAAACUAUCCUGCAGGCAAAAAUAUUUUUGACAGAAUAGAAAGGUGAUUCAUCAGAGCCUGAACUGGAGGAACAGCUACUGGUUAUUUCACUAAACACAGGCGACAUUUAACAAUACGUAACUGUGAGAGAUGAGAAAUACAAACCUUGCCUGUCUCUUAAGAGAUGAUGACAACAUGCGUUGCUGGGGAACCACCAUGUGUGUCACACGUGGGUGGGAUGUAAGGCUGUGUGGCGGAAUGGUGCUGAAAAGUCCGAAGGAAGCUGCCUCCCCUUUCUUCUCUUUUAUUUUAUAUUUUUAAAUAAACCAGAACACCUCAUGCUCAGUCCUGAGUGAAAGAAAGGAAAGCUUUAGGGAUUUUAGACAGAAUAGCAUUGUGAAAUUUGACUACAGGCAGCAGGUUGAUACUUCACCAUUUAAGUAAAAUUUUCUGGCAUCUGAAAAUUGUCAGAAACAGAUUCUAAGACAGCUGAACCAAGGACAUUUUGAUGCCCCCCUCCUCUCUUUUGCUUUGAAAAAAUACGGGGUGUGGGUUUGUAAAAAGAGAAAAACAUCUAUAUAUAUGUGUAUAUGUAGAGAAAGAAAUUUGACCAUUUUUAAAAGUCUCCGCAUUGGGUGUUGUGUUCUAAGAAAAUUUUGAGAUUAAUGAGGGAAUGGUGGGAAGAACACUUGAUACAACUAUGCAGAUUUUAUAAAUGUGCAAUAAAAGUAUUUGUUGUA